GCCCCCGAGCCCACGCUGCUACACCAAACCCCCACACCUCCCCCGCGCACCCGGGCCGGGCGGACGCGCAGCACGAAGAUCCUGGGGCGGGAGGCAGCGGCGCGCGUCCCGCUGAUUGGGCCGGGUCCGCGCGGCGCCGUGACGUCAGCGCCCAGCCAGCGCUAUAAGGGGCGGCGGCGGCGGGCGGCGCCUCGGACCGUUCCGGCCGGGUGAGCGGAGCGUGCGCCGGGCUCUGCGGGCGCUGUCGGUGGGAGGCGUAGCGGUGCUGCGCCGCCUCAGCGUCUCGCCAUGACCCGUGGGAACCAGCGUGAACUUGCUCGCCAAAAGAACCUGAAGAAAACUCAGGAGAUCCUCAAAGGCAAAAGGAAAGAAGAUAGUUUGUCGGCUUCUCAGAGGAAACAAAGGGACUCUGAAAUCAUGCAGCAAAAGCAAAAAGCAGCUAAUGAAAGGAAGUCUCUGCAGGCAGGAGCAAAAUGAGCUGCCGCUAUGGAGAAGGCGAGUGCACUGAUGAAGCAGAAGGACCUAGAAGAUCAUUCAUAAAAGAGUCCAGCCAUUAAAUGAUUAAACGUUUAUUGUGCAGAGUUGUUCAACUAUCAUUACUUAGAGUAUUUUCUGGUUACUAUAGGCCUAGUUGUCUACAGUGCUCUUUCAAAACUGACUACACUCUUCUGCAUGUCUAUGAAUAAAAGUACCAAGCAAUAGCUUUAUUCUAGCUUUUGCUGCAUUUGUUAGUUUUACUUAAUGGUUCCAGUAACAGAAUUUCUGAAUCUACAGUUAGACCAGAUUUGGUUGCCUGAAUUCUUGAAAAUACAGCUUCAUUCAGAGUGGAACACACUUGUAAGAUGUGCUUAACCUUGAAGAGGUCUGAACUGUAAAUCUCAAAAUAUUUUUACAAUAAAACGUUGCAUGAAA